GACGUCACAGUGACACUUUCAAUAUGGACGGUCGGCAAAGGCAACACGAUUUUCUAUCCUAAGUAAAGAGAUAAUCACAAAACUCCACCAACUAUCGUUCCCCUUUUCAAUUUCAUUUGUCGCCCAAUUAUGUCUGAUUACUUUAAAUCAGCAUUUGGUUACUUGAAUGGCAACGGCACGACUAACGAAUAUGUCGGACAAUUGGUGGAGAUCAACAAUGUGAAACUGCGAGUUAACAGAUUGAUUGCCGAGGGUGGCUGGGCGCUAGUAUUUGCCGUUGAGGACAUUGCCACAGGCAAGGAAUACGCUCUGAAGAAACUGAUAGCGGUGGACGAUGAGGCAAACAAAACAGUAAUCCAAGAAGUAGAUACACUGAAGAGACUCUCAGGACACUCUAACAUAAUCCAGUACAUGUGUGCUCAGUGUGUAGAACGAGAUGACAAAAAAUCCUGGGAAUAUCUUCUGGUGACCGAGCUCUGUCCAGGUGGCAACCUUGCUGACCUCUUGAGAACCCGCACGACGCCCCCUUCCCUCCCUCAGAUCUGCAAAAUAGCUUACCAGGCAACGAGAGCAGUGCACCACAUGCACAGUCAGCAACCACAGCCAAUAGUCCAUUGGGAUAUAAAGCUCGAGAAUUUUCUCCUCUCUGAUGAUGGUACAAUCAAACUCUGCGACUUUGGCAGUGCCUCAACUCAGCAGAUCCUUCCAGAUCCCUCCUGGAGUGCGCAAAAGCGUUCGGCUUUGGAGGACCAGAUGUCGAGAUACACAACCCCCAUGUAUAGAUCUCCAGAAAUGAUGGACACGUGGAACAAUGAACCAAUAGGGCCUCCAGCGGAUUGCUGGGCACUGGGUUGUAUUCUCUACUCAUUGGUUACGCUGAAACACCCUUUUUCCGAGGGUAAUAAAUUAGCCAUCGUCAAUGCCAAGUACUCCCCACUCCCACCAAAUCCUCCGUUAUCCUGUCUUCACGAUCUAAUCAGGGGAUGCCUCGAGGUCUCUCCCAUCAAAAGAAUAACGACUUCGGUGCUGCUAGAACGACUAGCAUCUAUUUCUGAAUCCAAUAAUUUCGAUCCUAGGGAGCCAGCCAAGAUCGAACCAUCUCCCCCGAGGCCUCAGCCCCCUAAAUCUGCAAAUAUUCCCCAAAAUCCUACACCACCACCACCUAAGCCCGCCCCACCUAAGCUCUUCCCACCAGCUACCCAGCCAGCAAUUCCAACGCGACCUGCACCCCAUUAUCCAGCCAAAGCUCCACAGUCUCAAACUGGCUCUGGUCUAUUCAGUUCCCUUCGUGGAGGGGCCGGCAGCAUUUUGAAAAAUCUCAAGGACACUUCAAGCAAAGUAAUGCACACGGUACAACAGAGCAUGGCUAGAAACGAACUGGACGCCAGUUACCUGACAUCUCGUAUUUUGGUAAUGCCAUAUCCAGCUGAUGGAAUUGAAUCGGCUUACAGAACUAAUCACGUAGAGGACGUGAGGGCUUAUAUUCAAAGCAGGCACCCUGCUCCCGCCAAAAUCCAACUGUACAAUCUGUCACGAGGGCGACCCAAUGUCACCAGACUCCCGGGAAAACACAUUGACUGCAAUUUCGCCUAUGCCACACCUGACGCCAAUGCUCCACUCCUCUCAGCUCUCUACCAGAUUUGCCAGGACAUCUACAGAUACCUUGACGCUGACUUCAAUCACAUUGUUGUCUUGUACUGCACAGAUGGUUGUCGAGCCAGUGCUACUGUCGCUUGUGCUCUCUUACUCUAUUGUGGAGUUCUCGCGACCCCUGCGGAAGCUGUAAAUCUCUUUACUACGAGACGAUGUCAACCACCAAUUCUCCAGCCGUCAGAACUCAAGACCAUCAACUACAUGAGUGCACUGCACUCUGGAGUGCAUCCCCACACUCGACCACUAGCACUGAGAUCUAUACUCCUUCAGCCGAUUCCAUUAUUCACAAGGGCAAGGGAUGGCUGUAGGCCCUAUGUUGAAAUUUACAGUAAUGGUGCACUCGUGUACUCGACCAAACGAUCCGAGUAUGAGGAGAUGAAGCUAUUCGAUAUGAUGGAGGGGAAGGCCUGCCUGAUCCUCGGGGACGCCACUGUUCGAGGGGAUGUUACAAUAAUCGUCUUUCACGCCAGACAACAGUUGGGAAGAGUAAUUGGUAUUAAAAUAGCUGGACUUUAUUUUCAUACUGGAUACGUUCCUGUUAAUGCGUCCACCUUGGAUUUUGAGAGAAAAGACUUGGAUGAUGCACCGGAAUUUGGGGGACAAUUCAGGAUUAUUUUAAAUGUUAUGAUUUGUGAGGAGAACUCUAAGGCAUCAAGAAUACCUGCUCCCUGGGAGGUAGCGGCCUCCAGGGAGCAGAAACUCAAUCCUGAUCCUUUAUUUAGUUCAACACUUGAAAUGGAGGAGACUCUGGAGAACUUUAGGACAACUGGACAGCCAAAGAAAGUUCCGAGCAGACCUCCACCACCAUCUUCUCCAGCUCGACAUGCAAUUGUAACUUCCAUUUCAACGCCAGCGGAAGAGCGAGUUGCUCCGGAAGGUGAACCCCUAUAUGUUGAGGAUGAGGAGAAAGGGAAGGAGGAGAAGGGGGAGGAGGAGAAGGUGGAUGAGAGAGAAAUUGAAGAUAAAGGAGGUGAUAAUUUUGAAGAGGCUGAUCUACUGAAUUUGGGCAUGUCCUCUGAAUUCAACAUAAAUGCCAUUGGAUCGAACCCUCCCCCAGGUUUGGAUAUAUUCUCGGGUAGUCAGCAUGAUGGAGAUAUCUUGGGAGGAUUUUCAUCAUUUCCUCCGACAGAGGCCGACCACAUUCUCAAGAAGAAUAAUUUAUUACUUGGUAAUGAAAGCACCAAUGAUCUCUUAUUUGGACAGGAUAAAAUACAAAAAUCUUCUCCCGAUGAUUUUUUGUUCGAUCCAUUGGGUACAGGGACUAAUGAUCUCAUGGGCAGCUGGGGCGGAACAAAGGGAUCAAUUCUGAAAACUCCUAGUGAAGAUAUGCCGCGUAAUUCCAGUGUUCCCAAUUUUUCUGCUCAGAAUAAAGAUCCAUUUGCUACUCUAGCUGGUUCCCUUGGUGCUGGACUGAAUUCAAGUUGGAAUGGCACACCACAUGACUCAAAUACUCCGCAAUCGUCUAGUCCAGCUGCUGUUGGCACGCCUAUACAUUCUAGUCCACGUAUGCACAUCAAGUCAAAUUCCAGUAAUGAGGGGAGUGAAUCUGUUUCUAGUAAUAGGCCUGCCAAGAGUGGAGACGCUUUUGAGGAUUUGCUGGGAAGUCAGGGGUACAAUUUCUUCAGUUCGAGGAAGGCUGAUAAAGACAGCCCCAAGACUAUCAAUCAAAUGCGUAAGGUCGAACAAGCCAAGACCAUGGACCCAGAGAGGCUCAAGGUUAAUGAGUGGACUGAGGGAAAGAAGGGUAAUCUCAGGGCACUUUUGUGCUCACUGCAUACUGUACUUUGGCCUGAGGCCGAUCGGUGGCAAAGGUAUGAAAUGCAUCAGCUCGUAUCGCCUGCUGAUGUGAAGAAGGCGUAUAGGAAGGCUUGUCUCGCUGUACAUCCAGAUAAGCAAACCGGCACUGCCAAUGAAAAUAUAGCCAAGCUCAUCUUCAUGGAACUGAAUAAUGCAUGGAGUGCAUUCGAAAGUGACGCCUCCCAGCAGAACCUUUUUAGUUAAUUCUAGCAAAUAGUAAAUAAUAAUAAUUAAUUGAGUUUCGUUGCUGAGCCAGCGUUUCUAAAAUUUGAAAGAGGACCUCCAUUUCACUGGCUAAUACCGUGCGUAGUCGUGUUCUGUUUAAUCAAAGAGGGGAGGAAAAUUUGUGAAACAGCCUCCAAGAGGAGGUAAAACUCUAUCGCAUUCCAAGCCGUGUUACUAUUACUCGUUAGUCGUAUUUAAAUUCUUCUAAUCAGGCGUAUUCUAUUUACAAAAAUGUUACGCAAGCGUUUUAAUAGCGCUCAAUUCCCGCAGUAAUAUUUUCAUUUUCCUGUGAAGAGAAAGGAGAAUUAACACUUCGCUCCUUACCUAGGGUUUGAACAUAUUUUUUAAAGAGAAAAGUACAUUGCAUGAAAAUUCAAAUAAUUCAAUAUGUAUAUUAAUUAAUUGUUCAUACCUUGAAUUGAAUUGAAAACGAAGUUUUGCUUAAUAUUUUAAUGGUUUAUUCUCUCUCAUAAAAAUAUUAAUCAUUGCCAAAUUGUUUUAAAAGAAAUUCUCUUAGAGUGAACAAAUUUUAAUUACUUUGUAUUUUUAUUCUAACGAAUAAGAGCACAAAUAUGGUAAAAAAAGAGAAAAAGAGAAAAAAAAAAAAUUGGAUUGCAUUGGAUAGUUAACUCUAGUGAAUUGAUAUUGAGUGGGUGAAUCGGUCUGAGCAACGUCACUAGUUCGGUGAGCAGAACCGAACGCAGCGUUGCCACAUAGACGUUCUCACUGUGUUUCAACCCCUACAACUCAACCAACUUAACGGCACAACGAGCCAACACUGGGACCGGCAAUUGACUAUACGCGUCCACGGGAUCCGGGCAAGCUUUAUUAUUUGGCUAUGAAUUUUCCUCCUUUUUUCUUCUGUUUAUCAAUGACGAUACCAUCGUAAGAAACGAAGUGUAAAACAGCACGAAAAAAACACUCAGAGCCCUCCAAUAUUGACAAAUUAAUAUGUACAACUUAUCUCUGUAUAUAAAGCUGAUGUAAAUUAAAAUAGUUGUCGAAUAUAAACAUUAUUUUCUGGUUGAUCCACA